AUGGCAGAGCACCCUGUGAGUGGAGAGGCGACAACUUUGUUGCUAAGCGAGCGAGGUGGCGGAACGUCUGAUACGGUCGCUAGCAGUAAUCAAGCGCUCAUGAGAGUGGUGGCUCUAGAGAGCGUGCGUAUAAGCCCUAGGACUCUUGACAUUAUAAAGCACCUACCGCCCACUAUCAACUCGCUGCUGGAGACUGGGACCGAGCUUGGGAAUGUACCCCCGAACGAUGAAAAACUAGCCUUGAGAAUUUCAAACAUUCCUGCAUCUGUCACUCCGGAGCAAUUAGCCAGGUGGCUAAAUGAUUUGAAUGUAUACGAAGAUGGCGCCUCGAGCUCGCGUGGACCAAAGCGUCAGCGGAUCGACAACAUCCGUACACUUUCUCUAGCUCCGUCGCCAUCGUCGGACUACGAUCGCUACCAAGUGGCCACGGUCAACUUUAGGAAACUCCCUUCCGAACUAGAAAUGUGCAGACCUCCUUCGACAUCACUGGUGCCAAUCCAGCUGGGGGAAGAAGAAUCCAGAUUUUCAGCCCUUUUCGACUCCCACUUUGAAGGCCUUACACCACUCAAUAACCCCAAUAACCCUGCUCUCGAUAUCAUUGCAGUUACGGGACUCGCAGGUCAUGCUUUCGGUUCAUGGAGGUCUCCUGACGGUCCAGAAAUGUGGUUGCGGGACUUUGUCCCCAAAGAUUUAGAACAUAGCGCCAGGAUUCUUACCUAUGGAUACAACAAUACACUAGCUACUGAAUCCUCCAAAGUUAGGAUAGGGAACUUGGCUACGUCAUUCUUGGAAGCUCUGAAGAAAGCAAGAAGUCAAAAAGGCACUACUCAACGGCCCAUUGUCUUCAUUGGUCAUAGCCUAGGCGGUGUAGUUAUCAAGAAGGCCCUUCGCAAGGCGGACUGCAGUAGUAUGGAUCUCAAGGAUAUCCACGCCGAUAUUCUUCGUUCUUGCCACGGCAUAAUGUUCUUCGGUGUUCCUAAUCUUACCCUUGAGGUUACAAAUCUGAGAGAAAUGGUUAAAGGGGGGCCAAAUAACCACCUCAUCGAAGAUCUAGGCGGAACCUCCCAGUUCUUAGAAACACUCGGCGAGGAGUUCUGUCGUUAUUUUAAACGGAGACCUAUCAAGAUAACCUGCUUUCACGAGCUAAAAGAUACCUCGACGGUUCAGGUAACGUUAAACAUUUACAAGCCAUUAUUACGUUUCGAGAAGCGCAUGCUAAAGCGGAGGAAAAAUGUAGUUGAACCGGACUAA